UGUGGCAUGGUGGUGGGGCUGGGGUGAGAGAGAGAGAAGCGAGAGGAGCAGACAUCCGCAGUAAGUGAGUGAGAGGGAGUGUUUGAGUGAGGGAGGUUUGUGUUGGAGUUGGGGUGGGGAAGAGUGGAAGCAAGGUUGACUGGCCGGCUGGGAAAGGGAAUCCGUGAGGUGGGUCAACGAGGAGAAGAAGCAGAAUCUGGCGAUUGGGAAGGGAAAGAAAAGGUGAGUGAGAGAUUAGAAGGUGGGGUGGAUCUUGAGGAGUGGAUGCAGCAGCAGCGAGACGAGACGAGGAGCAGUGCAAUUGUGUUCUGGGAUUCGUUGCACCAGGUUAGCAUCUGCGUUUGUGUCGGCCCAGCUGUCGAAGAAUUUGUGUGGGGAAUUCGUCUUCCCAGCCUUUUUGUGAGACUCACUGAAGAUGCUGGCGUAGUGGAUUGCGUGCCUGGUGUUGAUGUUUUUAUUUUUCAUUUUCCUGAUUCCGUUUGGAAUUGAGAAUUAGGUUUCCUUUGAAGGUGGUGGCUGUCUUGCUCUGAAAUUAGCUCCGAGUAGUACUCUGUUUUGAGAAUCGGCCUCUUCUCUUACUACGCAUAUCGAAUUUGUUUCCUGGGGGUAGAGCAGAAUUCACGGUUUUUAGGUUCCAGUUUAGGAAGACUCAUUGUGGGAAGGAUUUUGUCUCCUUUUCGUUGGACUUAAUUAGGUUUGAGAUAGCGUCUUCUGUAAGGCGUCUCUAGUAUCUGAACGGAAGCUCGCUUUGUGGGGAUACAUUUAGAGGUGAGGGUAUGAAAGGGGAGCGGACAGUGGGGUCUAGAGUUGGAUCAAGUGCAAGGCGAAGGGAGUAUGCCCAUUAGGGCUUUCCUUGGGUGACCUAGGAUCCUUGGGACAAGCGUCUUAUUCCUAGAUCAGGACGGUUUACUGCAGUUCAUAACCAGCUGGCAAGAUGGACUUCACCUCGAUUCAAGAGGCAUUCGAUCGUGUAGCUAAGAAACAAAAGCUGUGUUACACGAAGACUCAGGAGGUGAUUGACCGAACACUUCACGAGGUCGAGGCAGCUGCAGAACAUUUGAAUGAGAUUGAGGAUUGCUCGGUUGAAGUUCUCAAGGGAGUACUCAGAGACCUACAAAUUAAAUUGAAUGAAAUUGGUCCCCUCAGCCGAAUCGGGGUUUCACAGAAGGAGCUCAAUACAACUACAAGCAAAUAUGGAAAAAUUCUGGACAAAUCCUUCAAUCCAGACAUUGCUAAAGCAUACAGAGAUGUUGAAUUUGAUAGUCACUUGAUCAAUCAGAUCAUAGUCCAGCAUUUCUAUCGGCUGGGAUUGUUUGAAUUAGGCGAUUGCUUCGCCAAGGAAUCACAAGAAUCUAAUGCAGCUGCAGCAUUGAAGACUCACCUCUAUGAAAUGUAUCAAAAUUUAGAUCAACUUCAAGCGAAGAACCUGGAGCCGGCGUUGAAUUGGGCUAGGAAGAAUCGACAGAGCUUGGAAGCCAAGGGAUCUUCAUUGGAGUUUCAAUUGCACCAGCUACAGUUUGUUCACGUGCUGACAACCAAAGGGCGUGGUGAAGCGCUCGAGUAUGCAAAGCUGAACUUUCUUCCUUUUUCUGCCGAGUACAUGUCUGGCAUCCAGAGACUGAUGGCUUGUCUACUCUGGGCUAACCGACUGGAGUUUUCUCCCUACAAAGACCUCCUCUCUUCGGCUCAUUGGGAUAAAGUUGCCUUGGAAUUUACAAGGCAGUGUUGCAAUCUCUUAGGUCAACCGUACGAAAGCCCACUAUACGUCACCCUCUCUGCAGGCUCCCAAGCACUGUCGUCUUUGCUGAAGUUCGCUACUGUCAUGUCUUCCAAGAAGCAGGAAUGGGCAGCUCUGAAACAGAUGCCUAUUGAGAUUCCGCUAGACAACUCGUUUCAGUUUCACUCCGUAUUCGCAUGCCCUGUGUCACGAGAGCAGAGCACAGCAGACAACCCUCCAAUGCUCAUGUGUUGCGGCCACGUCCUGUGCAAGCAGUCGAUCCAGAAGCUCACCAAGAGCAACUCGAGGAUGUUCAAAUGCCCCUAUUGUCCUCUGGAGACGACAGCCAAUCAAUGUCGCCAAAUUUACUUCUGAUGGGGCUGUAAUGAGCACUAGGGAACUCUUGAGGUGCUCCAGUAUAUUUGUUGCAAAGUUUCGUUUGACAGGUGGGAUGCAAGGGUGCCAAUGGUGGUUAAAUUGUUGUACAGAAGUUCUUAGGGUUCAAUUGGAAUCUGAACAGUUGUAGGGUAUCUGUUGAGCUCUGAUUAAUUUUGAUUGAUGCACGAUGUGUUGAUUGGAUAUGGAGUACUUCAAUUGAUUUUUAUCAUAGAGCUGACAACUGGAUCAGAAUGGCUGUGUAUCAGUUUAAGUCAAGCAGUUGGAAAAAAAUGUGUACAGAUUUGGUUUUUACAUGUACUCACAAACAAUGCGAUUGCAUUUA